AUAAAAAAAAACAGCGGCGCUCGUCUUCGUGUUGUAGCUCGCUGAUAAAACAUAAAUUAAAUAAUUAUUAAAAUAGUACAUACUUUAAAAACUGUUCACAUUGUAUCAUGGUGUUUUGAGAGGAUAAUAAACAAUAAAUUUAAUAACGCAGUUAAUUUAAAGCAGUGAAAAUGAAGAAUCCACGUUCAGAUUUGUGUUCAAGAUACAUUACAAUAUUUAUUGUUGUUUCUUGUUACUGGGUUGUGUCAAUAGCAACAGUAUUUGUAAAUAAGACAUUACUAAGUAGCCAGGAGGUUGCAUUAGAAGCUCCAUUAUUUAUAACAUGGUUCCAAUGCAUCGUGUCCUUUAGUAUUUGCUAUUCAUUAAGUCGAACUGGUGGCAUCCCUGGCGUUUUCACAUUUCCUAAAGGAACACCAUGGAAUGUAGAUGUUAUGAAACGAGUUAUCCCACUUUCAUUAAUGUUCACAUUGAUGAUAGCUACAAAUAACUUAUGUCUGAAGUACGUAGGAGUUCCAUUCUACUACAUCGGAAGAUCUCUAACUACUGUAUUUAAUGUAGUAUUCAGUUGGGUAUUACUUGGUCAAAGGACUUCCUACAGAUGCAUAUUCUGUUGUGGUCUUAUCAUAUUUGGAUUUUACCUUGGAGUAGACCAGGAGAAUUUAUUAGGUUCAUUUUCUUUAAUAGGUACAGUAUAUGGAGUGAUCGGAUCUCUAAUGCUCUCUCUAUACUCAAUUUAUACCAAGAAGGUUUUACCCAGCGUAAACCAAGAAGUUUGGUUGCUAUCUUUUUAUAAUAACGCCUACUCCAUUUUCUUAUUCUUACCUCUUAUUGUAAUAAAUGGAGAAGUCUCUGUGUUACUGAGUUAUACCAAUUUUACUAGUGGAUAUUUCUGGAUACAAAUGGUCAUUGGUGGAUUGUGCGGUUUUGCUAUUGGAUACUUUACGUCGUUGCAGAUAAAGGUUACUUCUCCACUAACACACAACAUAUCAGGCACUGCUAAGGCUUGUGCCCAAACAGUCCUAGCGACCCAGUGGUACAAUGAAACCAAGAACGUUCUCUGGUGGACUUCCAACAUCAUAGUACUAUUCAGCAGCGCCCUCUACGCCAGAUUCAAGCAACAAGAAAUGGAAGAAAAUUCCCGCAAACCGGUACCCGAAGAAAAACAGAGCUUAGUAUGAUGUUUUUAAAGUUGUAUUUCGCAUAUUUAAAGACUGUAUAGAUUUUAGUUCAUGAUUUGUAACUUAUAUAAUCGGGAUAUACAUUACCUUAUUCCUAACUCUUCGAAUAUGAGUCUUAUAUCUUUAAAGUUAGGGUUCUUAUUUGUUAUAUGUUGAAAUUAAUUGCCAACAGAACCCAGUAAUCAUAUCGUAGAAUUAGUUAUUGUUGCUCUGUCGUAAGCAGACUUGCGGUUGUUUUUGUUAUAACUGGUUAUACUUUUCUAUUAAAUAUUCUACUUGUAUGAAUCUAUACAAUAUACUUAAUAAUAACUGAAAGACUGCCUCGUUUGCCAAGUGGUCGCAAGUGCGACUGCCGGACAAGGGGU